AUGAGGCUCAGCGCUCGUGAGAGGGACUUACAAAGUCAGGACAAUAUCGACGUCGAAUCGCCUCAAGCUCAUCAUCAGCUCAUAUCCAAACCAUCACCCUCACCUCCGCAAACAAAAGCUCGCUUCGUACUGAAGACCCUUCUUCACGUCCUUGUGGCUUGUUUCUUUAGAUUCAGCGCGAUUGUUUUCGGAACCUUGGAAUCCUGCGUUUUUGGAAGGCGUGUUUGGAUGUCAAGAGUCAGGAGGGAUCAGAGCAUCUUGAGAGCCAUUAGGGAUGCUGGGAUUGGGCUUCGUCGAAUGAGAUGGAGAGAAAGUGUGCGGUGUACGGUGUAUCAUCAAUCCGAUAUGCAACGUUAUUUUACACCAAAGGGAACUCAAAGGCGACAAGUCAUAAACGUACGGUCUGUGGACCAGGUACGUUCGUCGAAACUGAUUUCUCUUUACUUGAUGACUGAAUUGCUGGGAACACCUCCAACACCUCCGCUUCCCAAAUUCACCAUAACCUCUUGGCCAUUCGACUUUGUCGCCUUAUCUGUCGCGGUCGAUGAGACACCUACGCAAUCUGCCGCUGAUUUCCAAGCGACGGUAACGAGGUUAUGA